AUGCCAGAGACGGAUGAUACAGGAAAACAUGACGGUUCAACCAAAACUAAAAAUGAGGAAAUUUAUGAGAAGAAGGAGAAAGAAGAUAAGCAUUCGGAUGAAGAUGAUAAAGACGAUGAUGAUGAGAAAGAAGGUAAAGAUAAGAAGAAGAAAAAGAAAGACAAAGAUGAGAAGGAAAAGGACAAGGAUGAAAAGGAUAACAAGAAGAAAGAUAAAAAAGAGAAGAAUCCCAAGGAUGAAAAGGACUUAGAAAAACUGAGACUUAAAGUGGAGAAAAUUGAUGCCAAGAUGCAGGAUUUGGAAGACCAGAGAGAGGUUAUUUUAGAAUUGCUUAAUGAAGCUGGGAAAAUUGAAGCCAAUGCAACUGCUGCUCGUCUCCCAUUCGAUCCCUUAUCAAGCCACUUGACGAAAAAAAAGAAAAAAUCCAAGUGA